AUGUUCGCCUCGAGCCUACUUGAGCGCAUGUCGACAGGAGAGUGGAGCAAGAGGAGUUUGCAUCUCACUUCGCCCCCUCGUCGGCCGACUCGACCGAUUCAACUCGCCUCCGAGCCCCAUUCGGGCCCUCGAACUGGGCACACGAUCGGCCCCAGCCUCCCGGACGCAGCAAAGGAGACGGAGAGACUGUGCCUUCGAAUCAGCGGGGGGCCAGUGAAGGAUGCGAUUGAAAUGAACCGACCAACUGCACGCCAAAUUGGACAAACGAGCGCCAGUCGUUAG